UCAGUUACAGAUAUAAAGAUGUCCGUUAAAAAUAUUGCCCUAAUUGGGCUUCUGACAAUUGCUACCGCCCUCCCAUUGGAACAGCAGUGGCAGUUGAUUCCGAAUUCCGAAGGUUAUUUGCACCUAGUCAACAUAAACCCAUACCAACUACCAUCAACGGACCCAAGUGAACCGGAGCACCUAUUCGUACCGGAAACUGAUAUGGUGUUCCGACUGUUCACCAGGAGCAACCCGACAGAACCGCACUUUCUAGAAAUUGGAAAUCCCUCCUCGAUCACUGGAUCCAACUUCAAUGCAGCACAUCCCACCCGAUUCACCAUUCACGGCUGGAACGGAAAUGGUAACGAUGGUUCGAACACAGUCAUUCGUGACAGUUUUCUCUCGGUCGGAGACUUCAACGUUAUCAGCGCCGAUUGGACUGUUGCUGCCGUUAAUCCAAACUACAUUUCAUCACGCAAUGCAGUGGGACCAGCAGGGACAGGUGUUGGUCGUCUGAUUGAUGAGCUGAUUGUACAUGCAGGUGCCAACUUGGAUAAUAUUUAUGUUAGUGGUUUCAGCUUGGGGGCUCAUGUUGCUGGUAACACGGGAAAAUAUCAUAACGGAAACAUAAACACAAUCAUUGCUCUGGAUCCAGCUGGGCCUCUGUUUUCAGCCGGACAGAGCGAUGCUGUAUCUCCUCAGGAUGGACAGUACGUGGAAACUAUCAUGACCAACGCAGGAUUACAAGGUAUUAAUGUACCGUUGGGUCAGGCAAACUUUUACCCAAAUGGCGGUCGUCGACAACCCGGUUGUGGCACCGAUAUUAACGGGGCGUGCGCCCACGCACGAGCGCCAACAUUGUAUGCAGAAUCGAUUAGCUCGUCGGUAGCGUUCCGAUCGACACGAUGUGCAAGUCAUGCUGAGAUCCUAGAGGGUAUUUGCACUCCGAGUGGAACGGAUGCUAAUCUGGGUGGAGACCCUUCCAACAAUGGUCGUGGCGUCAAUGGGGUUUACUUCUUAUCUACCAACGAUGAAGCACCCUUUGCGCAGGGUUAAAUAAAACUAUUCAAAUUAGGAUAAAAAGACGCCAUA